CUCGAGUGCAAUACCACAUGUCCGCAGAUGAGUCGCACAGGUGCUCUCUGCAUCCACUCGCCAUUUAUCCGACACUCGCGGUACCGGCGAGUCACCUCGCGUGCGCACUCCCCGGGAACACGUGCUUGCGAAACAAUCGAUACAAAAAAAUCGACUAAAGACUCUCUCAAAUAGUUUUGAUAGAACAUCCUUAAAUUUUAUCGAAUGUCGCGCGCCAAAAUUACAAAUUUAAAAAUAGAGUUAGAUUGAAGUGGUCUAUGGAAAAUAUAAAUAAACAGUGGACUUUGUCAAUGUGAACAGAUCUUAAUUUGAUAUUAUUAUCAUAAGUAAACAUCACCAUGUAUUGUUCCUGUAUUUAAGUGUUCACACGGUCUUCGGAACAACGAGUCGAUAGAGUGCUCAUCACCAUUCCUAGCGAGAUGAAAGCAUAAGGUGCUACUAGCGAUGCGGAUGGCGGGAGGUGACGAGGAUGGUGGCGGCGGGGGGUAGGAUGGCCGCCACGCUGCUGCUGGUGGUGGUGCUGGAGCUGGUCUCCGCUGCGGCCGUGACCGGCGCGCGCCUCGGGGAACUCGCGCGCCGAGACACCGGUGACAUCUUCACUAUUACCGAAAAUGAGUGCAGCGCUGCGUUAUGCGCAGAGCAUGGAGCAGGCGCGCGCGCCACGGAAGCGGGCGGCGAGUGCGCAUGCGCGUGCCCGCAGCGCGCGCCACUCUUUCGAGAGGACAGGGAACUAUGCGUUGAUGAUCUGCCAGAAUGUUCGCUAGCUACGUUUGGGACCGGCAGCGCUGUACAACGGAUACCGUUUGUAUAUCUGCCGCUAAAAGGACAGAUUAUACACCCCUCCAGGGAGAUCACUUUCCAAAAUGUCAAAACACCAAUAUGUGCUGUAUCAGGCGCUCAAUUUCUCACACGGAAAGGUUUCCUCGAUCUGCGAAACACUUUGGAUGCUGAUGUCCCCUUCAAUCUAUUCCGUGACGAAGGCAGAACAUUUCUACAAUGGAGCGGAGAGAACGACGUGCGUGCAAGAAUGACCGGACGAGUAAUGGUGGUUCGAUUGCUGUGUCGCGAUGUCGCCGCCACUCCCACGUCGCCACUUGAUUUGCGAGGAGUGUUCACACCAUGUGUUGCAUUUAGGGUGCAAGGAACUCCACCUAAACCAUACUCUAAUAUAACAGAAGUCCAAUUCGCACCAAACGCACAAACAGCAGGGGCUUCUAGCUCUAAUGGCCUCACAGUGUCAGAAUAUGUCGCCAUAGGCAUCAGUUCCUUACUUCUCGGUCUCAUCUACGUUGCAUCUGUUUUCCUAUUCCUACACAUUCGAAAACGUCGCAAGGCAAUGUCAGAUGAAGACGGCAAUAGAAGACUAAAAGGACUCAUUAAGAAAGAUGGCUCCAUAAUCACUGAAAGAGAUAUCGUUAGGGUAAACAAUGAACGAAUUCAAAACCUACCAAAUACAAUGGGUCAAGAUGACGGGAUAAUUAAGAAAAAUCCAUUGUUGAAUAUCAGUCGACAACUCCACGACAAUAAGAACUUUCCUAGUGAUUCAGGAAGUAAUAUAUCUGAUUCAGACGAUUUCGGGGAUAGUGCACGGAGUGAUGAUAAUUUGUAUACUAAUCAAACUACUUCAGCAGUGAUACAUCAACAUUAUGGCGAUUUCAAAACAAAUAAAAACGAUAAUUCAGAAGUAAGUCAUCGCGAUGAGUCGGGAAUUGAGAGACUUCCAGAUGAACAUGUGUCUAUUGUAGAAACACAAGACGAUCGGGAAAUAGCACGACCAGUUGGCACAACACGAAGGAAAUUGUACUUUAAUCCUGCUUACUUUGAACCACAGUUAAUGGCGGAACCCCCAGCUGCAGCAUUAGAAUUUUUGGUCAAGAUUAGAGAAGUGAUCGCAAUAGCAAAGCACAAAAUGGCAGCCAAAAGAUUUCAACCAAUUUUAAACCAAAUACCAGAAGAAGAAACUAUCCCUUCGAAUGGAAAUAGUAUUGACAUUUAUCAAGGAAUGGGGAGCCAAAGAAGUGGUAGUGUAAUAGAUGACGACAGUGAUAUCCAACAAAUAGCGAAGUACAAUAUCCCAGCUUGUGUUAACUGUCUCAGCAACAAAGGAGAUAAGCAAAAUAGUAUACGAAAGUGGUUGGAAAACAUUCCCACGGCGAAACAACAUGCGUACAACGACUUUUUGCCCACAAAUCAAAACAGUUUAGCCGAAUCACUUUUAUCCCUUCCUGUCAGUGAAAGUCGCAGGAAAGUGAGAAAACAAAACAGUUUUUCAAGUUCAAAUUCAAUGUAUUUGGCAGAUAACUUUUCAGUACCCAAAAAAUCAUCAACAUUAUCUGUUAGAUCAGAACCUGCGUUACGAAAUUAUAAUUUACCGCUGCCUGAUUUUGAAAACGCGGACCAUCAACGCAUUGACUUCAAUUUGUAUUGUCAAACUGUUGCACGUGUGGAUGAUAUUAGACCUGUUGGUCUAAAUGAUUAUCGUUCUUUGAACCAUAGAAAUGGCAUAGGUCAUCCAAGAAUAAGCAAGCCUUUUACUAAUAAAAAUGUUCUUCCUGAUAUGGUAAACGAAGCCAUUGCUCUCGAUCACUGUACAAAAUCCUACAACCAGAGUAGUUCUGAUGAAGAAAGAAUAAGUAACAUUAAAAAGCCCACAAUUCCGAUUUCUAAUCAAUACUCGAGAACUGCAUCUGAGAGUCCGUGUGGUAACGAUUAUGAAACAGACAGUUUGGAAAGAAGUACUAAUAAGAAGGCUUUAUCUACUACAGAUUAUACUGAUAUACCGUCAUCACAGGCCAGUCCAAGCUUAAGUAAUGCUUUACCCUUAGAAGAAGAACUUACAAUGAGGAAUGCUAUAUACAAAAUUAAUUCAAGCAGUAAUAGUAAUACGCCUUCACCACAUCGAGAUGUUUGUAUUGACCAAAAUCAUUACGAAACAAUAGAGAAGACUCAACCUCCUCCUUUCGAAACACCUAAAGCUAGUUUAGUCAGUGAAGUUUAUGUUAAUAACACCUAUAACUUUGGAAGCGCUCCAACAUCACCCAGUGGAUCAGAUUGUUCCAUGGGUAGUCGAAAGUUAGUAACUACAAUUAAUGAUACAGAAUUAAAGCCUGGCUGUUUAACUAUUGAAGUAAAAGAUCCUCCAGAAAAUUACAUCAAAAUACAUGAAUCGGACGGUUUUGAACCAGAUACUUUAGACAGAAAACAUCCCAAACACAAGGAAGUUGGUGAUCAGUUCAGUAGGAAAGAUCUUAUCAAAAAUAUUGACGAGAAGGAAAGUUCUCCGGUUCAACAACGCAUACAGCUCAGAAGUAGUGGCACUUUCCAGAAGACAAGCGAUAAGGUAGAUUAUUCGCCAAAAUUCAACAGUCUUAGACAUGAGUACGAGCAACGUAAAAACGUUUAUGAACGUCCUAAGUUGACUGCAGGUAUUUAUAGUGGUUCAAAAAGUCUUGAGGAUACAACAAGUGAGACUUGGCAUGACGCCGAGGAAUGGACAACUGAAGAGGGUCGAAUACUGACGCUAGAAUUGAGGCACUCUAAAAGACAAAGACAAUGCACGCCUCCUACGAUAAAGCAACUCAAAAAUCUGGCACGACCCGAUGUUUUACCACCAUUACCGCCUACAGACGAUGACCCAAUUUAUGAGCAACCAAUAUUUCCGCCUAGAAAAGUUGAGACGGAUUUGGAAACAAUUAACGAAAUUAAUCCAAAAAACGUGACUGGCAGAAGCCUCAGUCCGAGGAUAUUUACGAAGAGUAUGACUACUGACUCGACGCACGAUAGUUCCAUAUCACCAGAAUCACAUUAUGGAGCUUCCUGCAGUCCAAUGAGAGCUUCUGUCCAGUCACAAUCCUCGGAGUAUGAAAACAUGGAGUCCAUUAGUGGGACUGUUAGAAAAACGGACAUGAACAGAAAUGUGAUUCGAAAGCGGUCGGGUAGAAGUUGUAAUAUAAAUACUGAUACUUUUGUUAAAGGACCAAAGGUGGAAGGACAUAAGACUCGUUUUAGAAGGAAGAAAGGCUCUAAUAUACAGGACUCUGGUUACUUAAGCAGUGACUCAACUUCUUCAAGGCAAAUGCCUAGGAAAUUAGUGAUUGCUAAAAUAGUGAGUUGUAGUGAAAGUGACGAUACGGAGAACGAAGCGCGAAGUGAAUCUGGUGCUGAAAGUAUAGAGACACAUUCCGUCUAUUUCGAUAAUUUUCGAAAACUACAGACUGAGAUAGAAGACGAUUUAAGUUUUAGUAGUAAAUCAUUUAGUGAUGUUAAUGGAAAAUUCAAAUCCAACGAAUGUUUAUAA